AGACACACACACACACGACCACACACAGACAGAGAAAGACAGAGUCAGUAAAACAGAGAAAGAGAGAGACUGAGAGAGGGUGACAUGGACAAAGACAAAGACACUGAGUCGGAAACAGCCACGAGAGAGAGAGUGAGAGGCAGAGACACACACACAGGCCGAGACAGAGAGGGAGAAACAGAGCCAGGCAGACAGGGCCAGUGGGGUGUUGGUCCAGGACAGUCAGUGGGUCUAAGGAGCAGGAGAGGCCUGACUUCCUACCAUGGAGAAGCACAGUGGUGGAGGAUUAAAACCCAUUGAACACCAGAGAGACUUGAUGUACUGUUGAUAAAGAUAGACCCAGAUGGCAAGGUGUCACAUCAUAAACAAGGAUGAGACGGUGUGAUGGGAAAAAAAGUUAUCUGUCUCGCAUGAGCGCUCUCAACGGCUUUUCUGUCGGUGACAUUUUGACUGACCAACACGGCACGGACUUACGCAGGAACGGAUCGUUCUCUGAUUGGCUGAACCAAUGCUACGUGUACAAAAACAGGUACCUCGCAUGUUAAGUUAUCUUUCAUCCCAGUUACGCUCCUGAAAGACAACUGCAAUUUUUUUUCCCUCUGCCGCCGAAAUUACUUUUUAAGGAUUUCAUACAUUUUGCAUCAAGUGAAAUGUUUGAGCUCGCAUGAAGAACGUGAAUUUGACAUUCACUUUAAAGGAGCUGUUCAGGCUGUGAGGAGGAGGAAGAAGAGGAAGAGGAGAGAAGGAUGAAGUCCAAAGGGAAGCUCAACAAGUCUUCCAGAAAAUCCUGGAACGGCCCAGAACCAGAGACCGAGCCGGGCUCCAGUGAGCAGGAGGACUCGGAGGCCUCAGUCCGGGGCACCUGGAGGGGGUCCCUGAGGAGCGGAGACCGUGAACGAGGGGGAGGGGGAGGAGGAGGAGGAGGCACAAGCAUGGCCUCCCACCGACACCGCCGGCAACACGCCAGCAAGAAAGAAGGCAACGUCCGUCGCCUGGAAAGCAACGAGCGGGAGCGCCAGCGCAUGCACAAACUCAACAACGCCUUCCAGGCGCUGCGCGAGGCCAUCCCACAUGUCAAGAUGGACAAGAAGCUGUCCAAGAUUGAGACUCUCACGCUGGCCCAAAACUACAUCCAGGCCCUGACCACCAUCAUCCUGGGAAUGUCUGGGGGCCGCCUGCCCAGUGGAGAGAACCCGUCGGAGGCUAGCACCACCAGACUGCUUCAGCGCUACCAGAAACACCUGGAGGAGGAGGGGGAGGACAGUCUGAGCGAGUACCUCACACAAAUCCACACGUUCAAUCAGGGCAGUUAACGUCCUGGCCCAAAUUAUAUUGCUGACUUUACAGGCUAUACAUUCUACAGACUAACAGUAGCUGCCUGGUACUGGAUCGAUAAGCUACCCCACAGUACAUUGGCUAUACUUGUCUGGCCUGAACUAUUAUGUAAACUGAACCACACUAUGGUGUAAUCUACGACACUCUACGACACUCACAGCACAUUCCCAGCCCAAAAGAAACAGGCUGACCUAAAGACUCUAGAAUGAUCUAGAAUGUUCACUGAGGUUCCCAGAAUGAACAGUGAACUUCAAGCACAAAGUAGAAUGACAGCGUAGCAGGAUGGAGCUGUAGAACUGCAUGAUUCCGCAUAAGGUAGAAAACAUUGAUAGACACAAAUCGUUGUUGUGACAUUUUCUCUUUCAUUCCCAUGUCUCUUUUUGCAUGUUGUAGUUGAGACGGGUGUAGUCUUGUCUUCCCUCUUAAGCCCCCACGUGUUUUCAUUCCUGUACCCUGGGGUACAAACCUCCUGUUACAACCGUCAUUAACUGCAGGGAGACUAAACUAUUCUUUAACUGUCACAAAAAACUAUUCAAAUGUUUCGCCAGAGAUCACAACACUGAUAUUUUUGACUCUGGGAGAAGUCUAAGGAGGGGUGUUGAGACAGGAGUUCAUCUGAACACAUCACCUGGUGUCACUUUGGACACUAAUGAUGAAACUUAUGAUCACUGAUCAUGACGAUUUGUUAAAGUAAACUAGGCAAAAAAUAGUUUGCCUAUUCAGUACAAUCAAACCCCAAAUGGCAGUUAUAAGGUAACACAAAAUGGAGUCAUAUGACAUGGCCUUACUGUAAGAAGUGAUGAUGAUGGUGACAUUAAUGGUACAAAAUUAUUUUUUAUGUGUGAAUAAAGUGUGAAUUCAGACCAAAAUAAUAAAAAUAAUUAUGAGAACCAAUCAAUGAACAGGUAAAGACAAGUCAAUAAUCAAUAAUCACAUUUAUUGAUAAGAGGUUGACCAUGCACAUUGUGGGAAGUAUCCUUAAUAGAUGGAACUGGUUGACACAGUACAGUACCAGUUAUUAGAUGUAUCUCUCUAGUUUACAUUAUGAAUAAUACAAAUAAUGGAAUGCUAUGUAGCUUGAAGUUUUCCACACUAUUUACAGACACACACAGUACACGCACAAUGUUAGCUCUGAAUGGAACCAUAUACAGUAGCAUGACAAACAUGUCCCUGCUUGAUCACCUCACUCACUGGUACGGUCCAAGUGACAUCAUCAUAAAGUGCCAUCUCUGACACAUUAGGAGCCUCAUAUGGACAUUUUACAAAUGAUUCAGUAUUCAGCACACAUGUAAGUGUUCAGUAGGUUAAUGCCUCUUUCAAGUCAUUCAUCAGCAGUCACACUUUUAAUGCCCCGAGGCACGCUAUGUCAAAGGAUUGUGUGCGGCAGUCUCUAAGUGGUUGGAAUGAAAAGCAUGUGUUGAUGUGUUCACCCAUUGCAAUACACACAGACAGUACCCAUUCUUAAGAUAGCACGAUGGAAACACAUAAUACUAAUGUACACAACCAUAACAAAACAAGAAUUCCCUUUGAUCUAAAACAGCCUUUCUGUGCUUCUGUCUCUUCAGGUACAACACUAUAACCACCACAGAAGAGACCGAAUAUACAGAAAAGAUUAGUAAAAGUAACUUGGAAUUUCCCUUUGAAAGUAAUAGAUUCAUUUCAUUGUUACAAAACCAAGCACAUGGCACGGUACCUACAGCAGUUCAUGCUUGGCCUCACUCCCAGACCACAGAAACAUUGCACAUUCUUCAUGGAAAUAUUUAGCCUUUUUUUAUACAGAAUAUAUUUAGUGACAGGGGUGAGAUUGUCAUAUAAAAGCAUAAUGAGAUCUUAUUCUGUAACUCCUUACUUCUCCUCUCCUCCUCAUCUUCCACUAAAACAGCAGGCAGUACCACAGACAGGCAGGUAUAGUUUUUGUUGUUGUUUUUUUGUACUCCUUUUUAACCGGAACCUCUUACCAACAUCAAAUUCCAAUAAAUAUCUA